AUGGCAUACUCACAGCAAUUCUCUGAUCGGCUUCUGCAGCAAGUCAACGAAACGAACGCUCGCAACCUUCAUCUCGAAGCACUACUCGCACAGAGAGAUGACCAGCUCGCGCAUGCACAGCGUACUUUGGCUGGCCAGAUUGGCGGCAGUCUUCCGGCCAGUUUUGACUUCCAGCUCCAGCUUCAGAAGGCUAACGAGCGGGCCUCGAAUGCGGAAGCCAACCUGAAUAACUCCAUCAGUACAUUUGACAAGGAAUACAAGAAGCAACAAAAACAGAUCCGCACUUUGAAGAACGAACUGGAAGCAGCUCGCUGCUCUACCUCCGUGACUCGAGCUCCAGCUUCUACAGAAGAGAGUUCACGGAUCAUCUCGCUGGAAAAGGAACUUGAAAAGAACAAAUAUCAACUGCAGAACUUGAAGACGGCCUACGCCGGGCUGCAGAGACAGUUGAAGGCGGAGCAAAGGGAGAAUUCUCGGCGACAGAACCUCCCGAGGACAAACCCAGCGAAGGCUGUGUCCAUCGGCGAUGAUGAUCAAGAUGAUGAGGAGCCCGAACCACCACAAAUCAAGCAGGAACCCAGGACAUCGAUCUCGUAUGGCUCAAGCAGCAUGCUCUCGCCUCCGCCUCCGCCGCAGCUGUCACGACCGCGAACGCGUUCUUCCCAGUCCUCAGUGCCUAUCAGUAGGAGAAACCUCACCAGCAGCAAUAUGGCUGUCACCCUCGCCCAUCGCCCAAAGGUAGACUCCAACACGACCCGAGAAAGUAGUGCCAUCCUACCUACUUCGAAUAAGCGGCGUCGAAGCACGUAUGGCGAGGACAAUCUUCAGGAAAAUCUCGAGGGGGUAGCUGACUCUGACCGUGACGAUCCUGCACCUUCUCGAAAACGCACCCGCGGUUCUCGCGGUAGCAUUUGGCUCACGGACUCCGGCCCUCGCGACGACGACCACGAAGAUCUCAAGCGCCGCCUCUCGUUCCUGGGCAUCACAAGCUACGACGAUCAAGGCCGACCCGGUGGCUUCAACGCGCGCGAACUCGAUGACUGCAUGCCCAUGCUUUGGGAGCGCAUUCGUAUGAUAGUGAAUCUGUGGGAAGAGAAAACGGAGGCUUGGAAGGAGACCAUCGAAGAUAGGGUGAAGAUGAGCAAGAGCAAGACUCCCAUAUGCGUCUCUUCCAAGUUGAAGAUUGAGGGGAGAGAGCAUGGGAAUUCGAAGUGGCGGGAGGGCUGCGAGGGGAAGUAUGCCUGCCGUAAAUGCGUGGAAGAGAAUGUGCCGUGCUUCACCUGGACGGGAGAGGAGUUUCGACUCUUGCCGCUGCAUAAGAUGGAUCGGAAGUAUCCUGAUAGAAAGGAUCAUGAGAUUCGUUUCUGGUUGAAUGAGGCUUGA